AUGGGGUCAGCAAGGGUUCAGUAUGAACUGGAAAGGACGUUAUCGUCCUUGCAACUUGCUGUUGAGCAUGACGUAUUCGACAAAGAGACAGAAAUUCGAAGUAUAACACAUAAGCGUAGACAAUUCGAAAGCGCUCUCGUUCGUCGUCAUGCUUUAUCAGAGGAUUUUCACAAAUAUCUGGAUUACGAGGAGGACUUACACAAAUUACUGCUUAGCAGACUGAAAACAGCACAGGAAAUAAGUGAAAUCCCAAGGUCAGAUGUUCACAAAAUGCAACAUGAUUCUACUCGGCAUAUGAUCUCUAUUUUCGAGAGAGCAAUCAAACGAUUGAGGCACGAUUUUUCGUUAUGGCAACGGUAUAUGCUAUGGGCAAAUCAGAGAAAGAUGCGUGGUGCAAUCUCUCGAAUCUCAGCUCGUGCAUUAUCGCUAUUCCCAAACAAUGCCAAUCUUUGGUUAUCGGUCGCGGAUCAUGAGCUGAAUGCCAAUCUGAAUCCAAGCACAGCUCGUGCUCUUAUGCAGCGUGGUUUGCAGCUAGCUGCAGUGCGUCUGUGGAUAGAAUACAUUCGAUUAGAAUUGGUCUUUCUCGAGCGUAUCAGGCGAAGGAAGAUCGCUUUG